AUGUCGUCUACCUAUCAGGACUUUGGAGUAUCUGAAACCGUAGUCAAAACAGCGCAGGGUAUUUUUAUCAUUGUAAACAUCAUGGGAAACUUUCUGGUGUGUGUCAUUAUAGUAAAGGAAAAGGAUAUGAGGUAAGGCGGCAAACACAUUGUAUGCAACUAAACAAUAAUAAUUCGUUCCGAAGUACAAAAUAUGCCCUCCAGUUUAUCAUGAUAUUACGCUUUCAACAAAUUUAAAAUAAGGACUGGAGAGGGAUGAAAUGCUAAAUUUGGUUUAGGGGGAAGAUAUUACCUAUAACGAAAAAAAGCUGAAUAAAAUCAGCCGUCUUUGAUUGACAAAGCUCCUUGGAAAAACUGUACCAUAAAGUGCACGCCAUAUAUAAAAUUUGUUAUGACUCUACCUCAUUAGCUACACCGUAAAUGAUUUUGCAGUAGGGUAUAAAAGAUAUAAUGCCUCACCCUUCCAGGAUACGUUUAUUGAGGGUAUCUCUUUGGCGAAAAAGAAAAUAGAAAACUAUAAUUUAUUUCUAUCUCAGCAUGCUACGCUUUUAAAAUCGUAUGGGAAUUAAAUUUAAAUUAGGGCACUCAGCAUUAACGAGAUUUCGAUCUUAGACUUCACGACUGAACUACAAUUAUCCUUAUAAUAAUGAUUAGAACGUUUCUGGGCUUAGAAAUUGAGACAGAUGAAAAAGUUAGUGCAAAAAAAGAUAUUCCCUUUUUUUAUUUUAACAUGUUAAUGUAACUUAUCCCCAGCAAAAAUCACUCAGUGCUUAAAUGAAAUGUACCUGCAACAUAAAUAAUUAAAUGCCAACAGGUGCAACAGUAGCAAUUAUCUCUUAGAUUACAAUUAUGUAAUAGAAAUCAAACAGUCAGUUUCAUGUUCAUGCCCACGGACUCCGGUACUCCAGGCCAUUGUAACCGUUUAGUUUUGCCACUAACUCGACUCUAGCGAAAAACUUGUAAAUGACAAACUCACCGUUUCCUGACCGUAACCAUCAAGAAUGUCUCCUAGUAUAAGAUAUAAAGUUACAAACAACAAAGAUGAACCUUGGAAAACUGUUAGGUUUCUUCCGAUUGCGAUCCGUUUCAACUAACUAACAAAGACAACCGGAAAUAAUCACAUGGCCAUUUCCUGCAGGUUCCAAAAAACCCUCAGUUUCAAAGCGACGCUAAGUGCACAACAUUUCUUGCGAAAAUGGGUUUUAUUUGCAUAAAAUAAGAAAAAAAUCAUUUUCAUAUAUAUAAAUGGCUUCCUAAGUAGCCUUGCUUUGAAACUGAGGCAUGGGGCAACUCGGAGAUGGCAUCCAACGCAGAAGUUCUUUCCCGUGGCCUCUUCCGUUAAGAAAUGAGACAGGCGGGAUAUAACCCCGGAAACGAGAUUGACGGGAGCUUAUACCUCCAAUAGCCGCCUUUUUUUGUAUAGUAUAUCUUCGAGCUUGGUCAGUGACGCAAAUUUCUUGCUAUUCCAUAACUGGAAAGUUUGUAAAAGUGCUGCAUCUUAUCAGUUAAGCUACUUUAUAACGGGCAACAAAAAACCUGUAAUUAGUUUUGCAACACUGCUGCAAAACGAGUUGAAUGGUGAUGUUGCGCGUUUUAUUACCCACCUUCGAACCUGUCUUACGUGCAACAAAUCAGGUUGUAAGGUCCUUUUAACGUAGGUGGUAAAACGUGCAACAUCGCUAUUCAACUCAAUUCGAAGCAAAGUCGCAAAACAAGUUGUUUUUUGCUGCCCGUUUUUUCCGUACCAGUCAAAAUAUACACUGUGCAUCCCACAGGACGCCAGUCAACUUUCUUCUCAUGAAUCUUGCCAUUGCUGACAUGGCUGUAGCAGUGUUCUUUGCACCAAGGUACCUCUUCAUCCACUCUAUUACUCAUCCAGAGGGAACAGCUGGAUUACUUUUAUGCAAACUAUUGACGAGCGGAAACCUCGCCUGGGUUGGAGCUGCCUCUUCGGUUGUCACCUUGGUUAGCACUGCUUUUGAGCGCUAUUAUGCAGUGCUACAUCCUCUUGGAACCAAGGGAAACCUUACCGAGAACAAAGUCAAGGUCAACUCUCAUCCUUGUUUUUCUAAGUUCAUUAUCAAAAUGAUGUCCUUUGAGGAGGAGUCGAUCAUUACUGUGAUGAAGAAUCGGGGGGGGGGAAUCAACAAAGCUUUAUACGGGGAGGCACCGCCCGACGUCCAUCCCGUCCCUUACCUUUUUAUGUACCAUUUUGACAGACGGAAAAGGCACUCCUUUCGUGUACUUUCUAAUGACAAAUGGUACCCCUUCCACAUACCUGAUUUAGAACCUUUGCACCCCUAGCUUUUAAAUACUGCUAAAUGCACUGUCUCAAAAAGUUUUCACGACCUUCUCAAAGCCAUAAAAUGCAUCUCUUGGUCCUUUUGGCCCUUUUUUCAGACCAAAGUGACAGAAUUCUAUACUUUUGCUAGUGAGCUCCUUACCCUUUCAUAUGCCUGAAGCCUGAUUAAGUGAGGUACCCCUUUCGGUCAGAACCUCCCCAUAUGAGUCAUUACUGGGAGGACCUCCCCCCGGGUGAGGAACACGUUUUUAUUUCCUUAAGAAUGUAUACCAGUAUCUGACCAAACCUUCAAGAAGAUGCCAUUCAUGGGUUUGUCUUACUAGUUUGUUUAUCAGUUCAGGCCUUGGACGAACGAUCAUCCAAGAUAUACUAUUGCUGGCCUUUUCCUCCGAGCUUUGCAACGUUCUGAGAGACACCGGUAUCUAUAAACUAUAUAUCUAUGAACAAAAUUCGUGUUUGGUUUUGCUGAACUUGUCAACCUUUAGGGGAAUGUAACUCAUAAUUUAUAAUGAUCAGCUUAUUGCCCGCCUCAAAAUUUCAGCUGGGUAGAAAACAGCACCAAUCGUCUUCCUUGUGUUAUUUCAGGUGAUAAUUCCCUGUUCUUGGAUCUUUGGAGUUGUAAUCAAUAUCGUGGGGAUCCUGUGUGAUAACGUAAACGAAGAGAAAGCCUGUGCUCACAUAUGUCCCGAAGAAUGGAUGAACCGAGUGUAUAGUUCAACUUGGUUUCUGUUCGUAGCAUUUUUCCCAGUCUGUUUGAUGGCUACCCUUUACGCCCGAGUCGUGUACGCUUUAUGGUUUAAAAGCGAGAAUUCUACUGAAAACAGUGUCAGACAACAGGUUUGGAAACAUGGUCAUAUUGUGCUGUUUUCAUGUGUUUAGAGCUUUAGAUUCUAAGCUUACUCGUGGUUGUCCUCGUCUUAAGACGAGGACAACCACGAGUUCCCGCCAGCUUUUCUCAGUACUAUUAAGUAGUGCGCGCGCUUGAACCAGGGUCAUUUUGGCGGGAAAAGGUGAUAGCCUUCAUCAUUGUACUACGGGUUUUAGCGAAAAAUGAUGUAGUGACGGAAACAAGUUAUCAAAAUGCUAGAAGUUUUAAAAGUUUGCGAUCUGGAGAGGGAUUAACUUCCUCAAUAAACAUAGCCGUGAAACUAUUCUGGUGAAAAAAAUAAAUAAAUAACGCUCUCUGCGGUGUCUAGUUUUUAAGAUCACAUUUAAGUUAAAUCUCGUUCUCGUUGUCUCCCUCGUCCUUGAAUCUAAAGUUCUCUAAUUUAACUGCAUCGCUACGAAAGGCUAGAGGUGUUACUGGAUCGAUCAUGGAUAAUUUUUUUAUGGAACUGACCAGUGCAUUUGCUCUAUUUUGCCACAGGCUCUAAUUCAAGCCUCCUGCCAUUCUAUUAAAUUAGCCUCUUAGAAUAAGGCGCCAAUAAUUAUCAGCCCGUAGCUUCUAAUAAGCUCCCAUCUACUAUAAAGAAAACGAGCACUGUAUGACGCUUACGUCUUACAAAUAACUUUUAUUAGACGAUGUCGAGACAAUGACAAUUCUGACAAUUUGUCUCUCUUUUGCAGGGUGUCUUGAAGAUAAGAAAGCGAGUGACCUUAAUGGUUUUAAUUGUCAGUGUGGUAUUUGCUGUUUGCUGGCUUACAGACGCCUCUAACUUUAUUCUUUCCGAUUUUUCUGUCGUACGCACUUCCCUUCCAGUGGCGCUAACCAACACAUUGAUUUUGUUCAAUUCCGCUAUCAAUCCGAUUGUGUAUGCUUUGGUCAACCAGCGAUUCAGAAGGAAGUUCAAAAGUAUGAUCUGCUGUUUUAGUCGUCGAACAAGAAAUAUAGUAAAUCCAACAUUUCCAUUAAGCAAUCCCACUCAGACGGCACUCUCACGUGACUGA